CCAGUAUUUGUGGGUGUAGUGAGUCUCCGGCAGGUGCCAGCAGCGUCUUCGAGAGGCGCGCGCGUCCAGUGCGCGGCGCCGCGGCAGGAAGAACGCGCGCGGGAGCGAGUAACUGACUCUCAUGAUGGGGAAGUAACUGUCAGCCGCAGAAGAGCCCGAGGAGACAUUUUCACAAGUUUCUAUAUCUUUCCUCAACCUUUUUGUGUGAACAGCGUGAACAUGUUUUCCCGAAAGAAGAAGGAGCAGGCGACUAAAACACCUACAGCCUCCAAAAAGAGCAACUCUGCGCAAAACCCUUCGUUGUCCAUCCUCCAGGAACACUCUCAGAAUGACACUAUGGACGGCUCCUCCAUGUUGACUCCUCCAGAUUCGGUGGCGUUGUCUUGUCCCGGGACACCCUGUGCUCACUCCAGACUGUCGGGCUGCAGUUCUCCUGUCGGGACUGUCAGGCGGCCCCCGGGUCUCAGCCGCCAUGCCAGCGCUGCAGGGUUCCCCUUCCAGACGUCCGGGACCUGGGGCUUCCAUAAGGGUUACGUGCGGGCACCGCUCAACUACGGACAGGCGGCGGAGGGACUGGAAACAUCAGUUAUCGAGGUGGAGGACAUUCCCUCUCUGCUGAGAGACGUCGCACGAUUUGCGGAGGCCGUGGAGAAACUCAAGGACAUGGUGCUGGGUGAAGUGAAAGAGGAGCCGCGCAGCCGUCCAGCCGUUCAUGAGUGUUUAGGGGAAGUUCUGCGUGUUUUGCGGCAGGUGAUCAGCACAUACCCUCUGCUGAACACUGUGGAGACGCUCACUGCAGCAGGAACACUCAUCUCUAAGGUCAAAGGGUUCAGUUAUGAAGGCACCACUGACGCUCAGAAGAAAGACUUUGAGAAGGCCAUUGAGACCAUUGCUGUAGCCUUUAGCAGCAAUGUUUCAGAGCUGCUGAUGGGAGAGAUUGACAGCACUACUCUACUGUCCCUGCCACCCACUGAGAAGAGCAGGUCGAUGGAGGAUCUGUACAGGUUGUCUUCAGGUCAGGGCCCUGAAGGAGGAGGAAAAUACGACCAGCAGGACUGCAUCAGUCCUCAGGAGGUGGAUAUUCUCCUGCAGCGCAGUGAAGGCGGCGUCGACUCGGCUCUGAGUUACUCCAAAUCCAUCGCCAAAUACAUGAAGGACAUCAUCAGCUACGUCGACAAGAGAAUUGCUCUCGAGAACGAGUUUUCUAAAGGUCUCCAGAGACUCUACCAGUCCUGCAAACAAAACAUCAUACAGGAUCACAUGCCUCUGCUGUCCAUCUUCUCUCUGGCUCUGGAGCAGGACUCUGAGCAGAGCUGCGGUUUACAGCAGACCACAAACAACAUCUACACACACUCCUUCCUACAGCCAAUGACGCAGCGCAGACAGGAGCACGAGAAGAAGCGCAGAGACAUUAAAGAGCAGUGGCAGAGGGCCAAGAGAAAACUGGCUGAUGCGGAGAGUAACCUACGUAAGGCCCGUCAGCUGUACAUGAGCCGCUGUGAGGAGUACGAGAGAGCCAGGACGGUAGCCAAUAAGGUGGAAGAGGAACAAAGCGGUACAGGAAGCGGCUCAACCACUAAAGCUCUGGACAGGAAGAGACGACUAGAAGAGGAAGCACGCAACAAGGCGGAGGAGGCCGAGGCCACGUAUCGCACCUGCAUCGCUGAUGCCACGACUCAACAGCAGGAGCUGGAGGACAUGAAGGUGAACGUGUUAAAACAGAUCCAGGAGCUCAUCAGACAGACGGACCAGAUCCUGCGAGCGUGCACCAUCUCGUAUUAUCAGACAAUGCAUGUGCAGACCGCAGCACUGCCGGUGCAUUUCCAGACGCUGUGUGAGAGCUGUAAGCUGUUUGAUCCGGGUCAGCAGUAUGCAGCGUACGUCAAAAACCUGCAGCUGCGCACCGAACGGCCUCUACAGUACCAGUUUGAGCCAUACUCUGCUUCCAGCCACCAGCAGUUACUUCGUACCCGGAACAACAGCCUGUCCAAUGACCAGCGACAAAACAGCUGUGAGGCUCCUACCACCCCUGAGGAGGCGGGGUUUGGAGAAGGAACUGUGGUUAAGCAAAGACGAGGUCAAGUUCGGGAUCACCAUCAGGCUCAUAAGUCCUGGCCCUCCACACUGAGUGACACUGACAGUGUUGGUCCUGGAAGUGGACUGGGCUCUCCCACCAACAGCACUGGAGACAUCUCAAAGCCGUCAAGGCCAGUGUCUGCGGCCACUUUAUCAUCCAAUGAAGAUUUAGAGGAGAGAGAUGGUGCCAUGACCCAGUUCGAACAAAGCAUAAAUGGGAUUGAACCAGAAAUCGUGGCUCCCACUGGACCAUUCAGAAACGUUGGAUUGUCCAAAGCUGCAAAAACCCAUCGGCUGCGCAAACUUCGCACGCCAUCCAAGUGUAGAGAAUGUGACAGCUACGUUUAUUUCCAGGGUGCAGAAUGUGAGGAGUGUUUUCUAGCGUGUCAUAAGAAGUGUCUGGAGUCUCUGGCCAUCCAGUGUGGGCAUAAAAAGCUCCAAGGCCGCUUGCAGCUCUUUGGUCGGGAUUUCUCUCAAGUCCUGCAUGGUAAAGAGGACGCUGUUCCCUUCAUCAUCAAGAAAUGCAUCACGGAGAUCGAGAGGAGAGCGCUCAAAAUGAAGGGAAUCUACCGUGUGAAUGGAGUGAAGACCCGUGUGGAGAAGUUGUGUCAGGCCUUUGAGAAUGGAAAAGAGCUGGUGGAGCUCUCGCAGGCGUCUCCACACGACAUUAGUAAUGUGUUGAAGCUCUAUCUGAGACAGCUCCCGGAGCCCAUCAUGCCCUUCCGGAUGUAUAAUGAGCUGAUGGGACUGGCCAAGGAGAGCCUGAAUUCGGAUGCAUCUGAGUCCACUGAUGGGGUAAAGAGCCCAGAACUGGUGGAUCGUGGGCCAGAAACAGAAGCCGAAGUGCUGACACUGGUGGACAAACUCAGAGAAGUGCUAAAGCGGCUGCCGAACGCUAACAUCGCCACGCUAAAGUACAUCAUUCAGCACCUGCGCAGGGUCUCAGAGCUGGAGCAGGAGAAUAAAAUGAGUGCCAGUAAUUUAGGCAUCGUGUUCGGGCCGACGCUAAUGAGACCCAAACCCACCGGGGCCACAGUUUCCCUCUCGUCUCUGGUGGAUUAUCCUCAUCAGGCCCGAAUCGUGGAGGCUCUGAUCGUCUUCCAGCAGAGCAUCUUCAUCUGCACGACCAAAUCUCCUGCUCAGCGUCAGGACAGUGAGACUGGAGCUCAUGAAGAGCCAAUCAGAGCCCAUCAGGAGUGCGGUGAGACAGCACACGGUGAUUCAGUGGGCUCGUCAGGCUCUCAGGAGCGCUCUCUGGACUCAGACUCGGAUGUGGAGGAUCCGGCUGCUGGUUUCAGACCCCACCGUCCACCUCUAGUUAGUCAGGAGAGCGAAACCAGCACAGAAGAAGACCAAUUGAGUCCCAGAGCCAGUCUGGAUCUGAGCGGCCUCGUCCCAGAAACCAUCCCAGAGCAGAGCGUCCCAGAGCCUGCAGAAAACACCAGCGGCAGAUCCCAGCAGUAAGAGCAGAAUCCAGAGCGUACACACACACCACCGCCAGAGCUCAGUGUCAUGCUUGUACAAGAAGCCUGUUCAUUUGAUCAAAAAUACAGCACAAUUGUGAAUUAU